UAGUUGAGUCUGAUGAGCGGCACUGCACUGUUUUCAUGCCGCCACUCGCUUAUGUUAGCAAAUCUGGCUAUGGCUCUUGUUUAGCGUGUUUGAGGGUGAAAGUAUCCAGUUGAUAAUAUAUUAUAGAUAUGAAAUAUAUUAGUCAGACCAUUACGCGAGCGUGAUGUAUUGUCUGUUGGCUAAACAGCAAUUCAGUGAACUACAUGGAGCUACUACUCGGGUGUAUUGCCUAUUGAGGAUGCAAGAUAAAACAACAGUUUUGAUUGAGCCUUACCUCCUAUAAGAUGAGCGACCCCCCGAAUAAGGACAAACGCCAGAAACGACUGUCAUUGUCCAGGACUAAGAAGAGUAAUGCAAAAGCUGGGGUCAGUGUCAAUGCCAGUACAACUCCUAUCACCUCCUUUUUCAGCUGCCAGCCCCCUAAACUGGCCUGUCCUCUGUGUGGCCAGCUAGUACCAAGAUUCAAGAUCAAUGAGCACAUCGAUCUGCAAUGUCAGAACUUCCAGAGACAGGACAGCAAUGCCACCUCAGCAAGUAAUACUGUUGUGCCUAGCAGCCACCUGUCACCCAGACGUCACCUGUCACCCCCCAACUCACCAGAUAUUAUAAGCCCUGAACAGAAGGAGCACGUCAAGGAAAACCAGACUAGUCCUUAUUUUAAAAAAACAGGUUUUCAGGAUACACCGCAAAAAAUGGUGAGUAAAACUGCUGUCCGAAAGAUAGACCUGGGAAGUCUUUCCUCCAAGUUAUCAAAAAGGUCUCGUCAAGUUGCUGACAAGACACACAAGGACACUAUUAACCAUGGAUUUACGACUUCAAGUGGGGAAAGUACAUCCUCUGAGACACUUGGUGGAUCACAGAAAGAAAAUUUGAAUUUAGUGGACAAGCAAGACCGUGUUAUUGAUUUGACAGACAUUGAUGACACUGGUCCAGACGUGAAGGAUGCUGCACCAGCAUCAGUAACACCAAAAACUGAGAUGUUUCAUAAAAUGUUCACACCUAAACUUUUGCAAAUGUCUUCCAAAUUAACAAAAAGAAAAACUACUUCAAAUGCGACAAAGACUUGUAAGAAAGUCAGAUAUGACCAAGAUAAAAAUAAAGAGCCUGAGGAUGUAAGACAAAGUACUAUUCCAAUUAAAGAGGGUGUGAAUGGUAGAGAUGAAGAACAGAUGCAGAAAACAAUCAUUGAUUGCAAUAACAUUACUGCAGGAAUGGAGGAAAACAGUAUUAUUCCAGUCAAGGAUAAUUUGCAGGAUUCAGAAUCUGAGAAGAUUUCCAAAGAUGUGAAAGUUGAAACCUCUCAGUCUACUCAAUUGCCUUAUUAUCUCCGGAAUUUCUUGACUGUACUUCAGGCUGUACUUGAGAAUGAAGAUGAUCGGUUAUUAUUCAACGAUGAGGAUAUGUCACUUAUACAUGCAUUUGAGAAAUUAUCAGUGAUGGGGCAGAAGCUGUACGUGAGGCUGUUUCAAAGGAAGCUGAAAUGGCUCCAAGUCAGUAAACUGGAUUAUGACGAGAUAAGCAGUGAUUUGGCAUCAGUGACUCAGGAAUUGGUUCAACAAAGAUUUCUUCAUUCAGAGAAUGAACUUGAAGACCUAGGAGAGGCUCUGGACUUGCUGCCUGCUCCUGAAUUAAAAUCUCUGGCUAAGACCUUCCACCUUGGUAAUUCUGGGACCCAGAAACAGCAGCUAGUGGAAGGUCUUCUCCGUCUGAGCAAGCAGAAGUCCCUCUUUUCUAUGGCUCCUGGUCAAAACAAUAUUUGUGCGGUCAUGAUCAAAAGGGCAAAAUACCUAGCUGGAUCCUGUGUUCGUUUAAAUCGUGGUCCCAGAGCUGUCUUCUCUCGAGUUCUCCUUCUCUUCUCCUUGACUGAUUCUUUGGAUGAGGAGGAGAUGGCAGCAGGUGGACAAAGCCAACUUUACACUAUCCUGCUUGUCAAAUCGGGACGCUUGGCCUUCCCAGAUUACACAGUGUGGCGCAAAGCUAAAGUUUUUCAGGACAGAGAUGAUCUUAUAAGAUAUGAAGCAUCCAUGCGAGCCCUGCAGGAAGUCACUACAGCUAUGCAGAAUGGCCAAUGGGAGGAGGCCUUUGAGUUGUACAGCAGUGCUAAAUGUGUUUGGCAAGAGAUGAGUGAUAACGUAGAUUUUAGCUACCAGGAAGAGCUCCCUGUCUUUUUGCGCAGCUUCACCACUGGAUGGGCCUAUACUCGUAUCCUGUCCAGAGGUGUUGAGAUCUUGCAAAGGCUGCGACGUUAUGAGGAGGCUGUAGUAGAGCUCCAGUCCUUAUUGUCACAGAGUGUUUAUUGCCAAGACAGUAGAGGACGAUGGUGGGACCGACUUGCACUAAACCUGCACCAACACCUUAAAAAGCCAGAGCAGGCGAUAUGUGCUAUCAGAGAUGGAUUGGCUGACCCUUUGGUGCGGACAGGGCAUAAACUAUCCCUUCACCAGAGAGCUGCCCGGAUGAAAGAUUCUGCAAGCUGCAGAAAAUACUGUUUAAAACUGAGAGACCUGCCCACUAUCCAUGUUCAAGAUGUGAAACAUGUGACAAUACAGGGACAGCUCUUUCCUCAUGAAGGGGGCACUGGGAAAUCUAGGUUUCUUAUCCCCAUGAAAGGAAAUGAUGAUGAAAGCUCUAAUGCAACAGUAAUAUGCUCAGUGGAGGAUCUGUCUUUAGCGCAUUAUCAAAAGCAGGGAUUUAAUGAAGGGAUUCACGGAGAAGGCUCGACAUUUUCAACUCUCUUUGCUCUUCUGUUGUGGGACAUUAUUUUCAUUCAGGGUAUUCCAGAUGUUUUCCGAAAUCCAUAUCAGACAUGUCCACUGGAUCUUUAUACUGAUGGUUUCUAUGAAAACAGAAAAGAGGCAAUAGAUUCUCGAGUGGAGUUAAUUUGCAAUGCCUCUGUAGAGACUCUGCACAGCAUGUUAGAAGACGUAUGGACCACACAGGAGGGAAAAGUGUGCUCACUAGUCAGCUGGGAGAGGUUUUCUUCUCUUCAGCAGGCUCAGUCUCUCGUGUCCUGCUUGAGUGGGCCUUUCUUAGCCGGUGUAAUAAUGAGGAUGGCAAAGGACUACAGACACUGCCGUGGAGGUUUACCAGAUCUCGUGGUUUGGAACACAUCGAAUAACACUUACAAGUUGGUGGAGGUAAAAGGGCCAAACGACAGACUGUCGCAGAAGCAGCAGAUCUGGCUGGACGAGCUGCAGAAGCUGGGUGCUGAUGUGGAGGUGUGUCAUGUGACUGCUACUGGAGCUAAAGGAUCUCGCCUGGAAUAAAGUCUCACCAAGAAACUUUGAAGGAACAGAGAAUGGAGGUUAAACAUCUCUGAAAAAUGAAGCCAUCAGAGACUCUGAAAGAAUAUAUUACAAGUGUAAUUUUUUCCACAUUUGCAGGUAAUAUAGGUACCUUCAUGUAUUCCCUUGCUCCUAAAUAGAGAUCACCGGAGUAUUGCCACUCUCCUAAAUAGCAUCACAUAAUAAGGGCUGGUGCAUAACAAGAAAUAGAUCAAACAGUCAUAAAAACUGACGGAAAACCUCUUUUCUGCUGCACUAUUUUUAUAAUCAUAGGUUGCUAAGCAACCAAAAUAAAUUUAUAUCAAUGUAUAAAGCUCUGUGUGUUUGUUACUCAAAUAAAUUGCAUAGUCAUACUGAACACAUCUUAGUGAUACAAAUCAAACUCUUUAAUUUAAAUUAGAUUAGUUGAAAUGCAUUGCAUUAUCCCAAACAUUUCAAAACACUAAAAUGUGAAAAAAAAUCUACAGGUGUGAGAAGUGACAACAGCAACAAUACUAAAUGUUUUUAUUGAUCACAGACAUUUGACUAUUUUAACUGACUUGUUUCUUCAAUAAAAAAUCUGUAAAUUGAUGCAUGAAUAAAUUAUAUAGUAAUGUGAACU